ACUGCCUCAUCAAAAUUUCUCAAUUUGUUUAGCACAAUAUAUUAGAUUUUUUUGCAAAAUACAGAACAAAAAUGAAAAUGUUCCACCGCUCAAAAUCUUCGAGGAGUAGAACUCCUCCAACCUCAAGCUGCAGCGACUCGCAAAGUCGAGUGAUGCAGCCGCAAUUAGUUUCAAUCAUGGGAUCGCUGGUACUGGGAGCGUCUUUUUACUUGGCUGUUCAUCCUGUCCAAGCUUUACGUUUGACCAAAAAAGUGAAGUCUCCGGCGACCGAGUUUUUCGAUAUAGCGACACCAAAAGCGAAAGAUAGAAAGAAGGUAGAUUUUUGUUCAGCUGCAGCAGCCGGAGUUGAACUUGAAGAAGAGGCUGAAGCUGAAGACCCUUGGACGAGUUCGAAUCGAAAGUCGAAGAACAAGGCAGCAACAAGUCCCACUUGGUGGGCAUCCGGUGGUGUGCCAAUGAGCGCACUCCUGUCUGAAGUUGACCAGUAUCAGACAGAACAGCAACAAGCAGGAUCCACAGCAUCUGUUAACGGAGGUGCAGUAAGAAAAGGUAAACACCAGCAUAGGAAAGGAAGGGGCUCGCGAUCAACGAAUAUCAAGAAUAUCCAUAGGCAUGCGGCGCCACAAGGCGAGCAACAACGUGGUGAACCGACGCCUCCGUUGGCUGUGAUCCGAUCGCUCCUCUUUCCUGGUGGAUCUGGAUCUGGGAGCUCUAGUGGGGUUUUACUUCCCGCUGGUAGUUCAGGCAGUUCUAUUGGACCUCCUCCUUUACGAGGCAGCGGUACACCCUCACCCACUACUGCCGUAGUUAGGAAUGUAGUUGAAAACCUGGAGCUUGAUGACCAAGAAAGUGCUCCCCCAGAUGAAAGGCGUGUGCGACAUAAACGUGGUAGAGCUAGUGGACGUCAAAAACAAAAGAAAGACAAACGACGAGGAGGAACUACAUCUACAGGGAAUGGUGUUUGUGGUGCAGAUGAAUCUUCUAGCAGUGCUGUUGGUGGCACCAGAGUUUUUCUAGUGGAAGACCUGGAGCGUCAGCUUCAGAAGUCAUGCGUUGUGACCACUAAAGCGAAGGCCGAGAACGAGAAGGCUCAGCAAAAGCCUGAUGACCCAGCGUUUCAAAUUGACAGGCAGGAACAUAGUUUUUUUGCGGCUUCUCCACCUUCUGCUGGUGACGAUCACUCAGUGGGCAGAUUUUGGAUAAUGAACGGAGCUACUGCAGCGCACCCGGCAUUGCCUUACAACUACGAAGGACAUCAAUUUGACGAAGGUUCUUUUCCACUGGUGCCGGGACAAUUACAAGAGCCAUUGUUAAGGAUGAAAACAAUUCAUUUUCCAGUUGUCUGCGACUGCAUCAACAUCUAGUGAGAAGUCUAUUCAAUAAGUACAGCUUGAUGUAUCAAUUUUAUGCAAGUGCACUUUUCAUCAAAUAGUACUAGAUAUUAAUUGAUGUGAAGAAGAUGACUUUGACUCAGCAUAAUUUACGUCGUUCUAAGAAUACUUCCGCAACAAGAGGCGCCCCCAGUACAACAAACAGGAGCAGAAGCAGAACUACUACUACAUCAGCGGCAUGAUCCUGUAGCCAGCAACCUGGAACGAGUCGAAGUUUUCAACAACUCUGCCGGUCAAGAUGUUGAUGAUCCGGCUGUUGCCUUCUUUCAGUUGAUCAUGCAACAACGGGGCACCAGCGACAAGCCAGCUGCUGGUAUCAAUUUUGACGAUGCUAAGCAGAUGGAGACUGAGCACUUACCACAGAACGGACUUUUGUUGUUAAGGGAUCAAAUUUUCAGUAUUAAGUGUCGUGCAAGUAUGUUGUAAACUUGAAUAUUGAUAUUUUGUCAGGAGUAUUGAUAUUUUUUUGUCUAAUGCCACGUUUUGCUUGCAGCCUGGAACCUAUCGUGGCCGCGCAAGUGCAACAUCCAGCACAUCAAGAUGCACAACUAGCUCAGCAACAAGAACAACUUGCCGCGGCAUCAGCUAAAAAGAUGAGAAUACCGAUUGAGCUCUGUCCAAUACUCAAUAGUACUAAUGCUUCAUCACGAACAGCAGCAGCAGCACAACAUUGUGCCACGCCGAACAUGAUGGCAGCUGCAUCCGAUCAACAUCUUCAUCUACAGCAAGAAGUACAAGAGCAGAUGAUGGAAGAAGUACAGCGUCAACAACAACUUUUGCAACUUCAACAAAGCUACCAUGCUGCUCAGCAAGCUGGUACCACUGCUGUUCAGUCCACCUCUUAAGGCUUCCCGUAAUUCAUCUUAAGGAGCAUUUUUGACUUUGCCACGGUUUCAAGGGGAAAACGCGUCAAAGAUGACUUUGAAGAUGAAUUUGGUGAAGCUCUAAUCCUCACACCAGUAUCCUUUUCCUAUCCCAGCUAAGCAAGUCGUGGUCGGUUAUCGUCUCGAAGUCUUUGGGCUAGCUGCACAUAACCGCGACGCCGUCAUGGCUGCAGUGCGACAGAACGGCAUGGCUUUGGCUUUUGCUGCUCCCAAUCUACGCGACAGCUCGGACAUUGUGCGCGUGGCUGUUGCGCAAAAUCCGAUGAGUCUAAAGUUUGCUUCUGCACCACGAAGAGCCGAUAUGGAGAUUCUGCUUCCUGCAAUACAGCGCUGCCCAGACGUUCUAGAGUUCGUGCAUUGGGCUGGAUUGCUAACAGAAGUCUCUUUUUUCCUUGUACAGAAAGCUGUAGCGAUCAACGGCAUGGCGUUGAGGUUUGCGCCUCCAGAAUGCAGGAUCAGUCAGAAAAUUUCUGAUCUAGCAGUUGCGCAAAAUCCGGAGGCGAUUCGGUACUUUUGGUUUUUUAUUGUGAUUAGUGACUCACACUCAGGGAAAUAUGGUGAUAAUUAUUCCCUAUACAAAAAUAUGAUUCUUGCUUUUCGUGGUGGUCUCUGUCUGUCCUCUGUGCAGGAGCAUUCCACUUCUACAACGGCCAUGAUCAAUGCCAGGUAUGUUGCCAAGCCCCACCAUGUUGCUCCACCCGAGGAGGUAAGCAGUUUCACGCAUCCACCACUAGAAUCGUCUAUUCAGCAGCCCUUGCCGCCAUCUUUGGCUUUGCCCUCGUCCGCCGUGCCUGUGCUGAGCGGAGUACUGGAAUCAGAAACACCAGAUGCUCCUUAUGUGGAAUCAAAAAGAUCAGUAGAUGUUCCCUAUCCACCUCCAGGCGAAAACGAAGACCUUCCUAAGCGCAGCAUCUUCGAACUAGACGACGCAUUCAACGAUUCAUCUCUUAUACCUGUGGUCAGGCCUAGUGUAGAUGCGAACGCAUCUCCCAUGUAUGUGCGACUGCCGAAAGAUCAGGAGGACACACUCAUGCUCAAUGCGUCAAUGCUCCUGGAGCGUGGAGCUUCAUCUUUUGUCGGCCACAAAGGAAAUGGUACAACAAUUGGUGGCGGACAACUACAGGUAGGUGAAACAGAAUCACGCACUGGAAUAUACGCCUACGAUCACUCAGGCUGUCCUUUGCUGCCACCUCCGCCUCCGGCAGAGCCUCCGAAUCUAGGCCAUCUAGAAAAAGACUUGGAAAAAAGUACCGGGUGUUUUCAGGAGCCGCCAAGUUUUUCGACUAGUAGUCAGCAGGGUGCUUUCAUUCCACGACAAGUAGUAGAUGAAAAAAGCAACGCGUCCGACAGCACUCUAGCAAGAGGUGCAGCGCAUAUUACUGUUAAACUCGCUAGACAAGUUCGAGUUCGUGAAGUGGAACAAGACUUACUAGAUACAACUCAAACUACUAAAGCCGAUGAUGAGUAUACUGCCUCUGCCCGUGCUGAAAAAGAUGUAGAAAUGGAAGACCAACCACGACAAUCUGGAAACGAAGAAGAAAUUGAAAUGGAAUAUGAUCAUAAAGUACGAGAACAGCACGAAGAUCCAUCUGAGAAUACUUCUGGAAGCGGACUGAACCCGCACUCAAAAGCAUUUAUUCCUUUUGCACUCGUCCAGCAUAGACAAAAUGAAGAUAGUACAGCAACGCUAGCGAACACACUCGGAGGUGCUGGAACUGGGGAUGCACGGGGAGUGGAAGAAUCAUCAUUAUUAUGGCGCAGGUUCUACUCUUCUGUGGACCUUGAUGUCACAUCGAUUCAUCCUCCCGAUAUCCCGGUAGGAAGCUUAUCAGGGAUGCACAGAUGAAUAGAAAAGAUGACUGUUCAUGAAAAUCAGUCGGCAUUUCAACUGAGCAAAAAUUUGAUCUUCUUCAUUCCUACACCUACAGGAAGGAAAAAGACCUCAACUACUUCUAACAUUCGGCCGCUAUCUUGCGGGCUUAACAUCGCGCUGCGCAAGUCCAUGGUUAGAGAACGGAUAUCAAGACUACAACAGCGAAAUUCCAUCGGCUGCAUUAGUGGCCGGCCCCCCUAGUAAUCCAGGCACGACUGUUUUAGGGACUGUCCCAACGCAAUCACUGCCAAAAUCAUCACCUUCGACUUCAGGCUCGACAGGGCAUCUACCUCAUAGUUCUUCAGUAGAAGGAGGAGGAGGAGGAGGACAACCCCAAGAAGGAGAACAAGUAGAAGCUCAAGCUGAACAAGAUGUAGAUGAAUACCAGCUACAACAGGUACAGGAACUUGAUGCGGAAGGGAGAACACCUCCAUCUACAAGCGGUCGAGUAGAACAAGAACAUCAUCCUGCUACUAGAGAAUCAGCAUCAUCCCCACCAUCCAAACCGUUCUUAGCAACUUCAAUUGCAUUAACGAGAUCCCCUCUGUCUCUAGGUCCUCGCGGGUCAACUGGUGGUACAAUUUUACUGGACAACGCUGGAUCUGGUUACAGCCCUCUUUUGGUGUAUGACCCAGAAAGUGGCGUACUUGAAGAAGACCCGACGCGGCUUGCAUCCCCUACAAUGCAUGGUGGGCGUCGUGGCCUUCCUCUUGUCACUCUUUUACCUCCAGGACGGUGGAGUGGGCAAGGUGGUUUGCGUUCUUCACACCCGAUUGCGCCUGCACCUUCCUCUAGCGGUAUGGGCGCAAGUGCCGCUUCUACUAUGGGAGCGUCUACGUUACCAGAAACAAGUGGAGUGAAAGCACAAACGGCGAGCACGACGUCGCGACCAGUGGCGGAAGAAGAGCAUGAAGUAGAUUUACUUGUUCCAAAUGGUAGAGAUAACCGUAAUCGAAGAGCAUCAAGCGACGAUGAAGCUAUAGAGCUAGCGAACUAUCUCCCCGAUGUUGAUCAGACACGACGUAUUGAUCUUCCUUGUGAGGAUGUACAACAAGAUGAACUGGAAGAAGAGGAUGUUGGCGAUUUUGGAUUUGCUGGUGAGCAUAGGGCUAAUGCAGACAACCUCUUAACUCGACAAGAUGUUGAAAAGAAUAUCACAACUGUAGCAGGAGGAACAGAUCAUGUUGACACACUGAUAAAUGAUGACCACAAGGACAGUGCCCUGGAUGAACCAUCUUUAGUAGCUGAUUCGUCGAACUCGUCUCCGCCUGUAGUUCUGGAAGAUCAUGAGCGCAAACGACUUGCGGAACCUCAAGCAGUACGAGCUUCUGACCUUUUUAGUCCGAGCAGCAGAACUAUAGUCGAUGAGUUGAACUCUGAGGCAGGCGCGGAAGAUGGGUGCAAUUUUGGGUCCAGUCCGUCAAGAAGUCCUCCAUUUAUUGAAGAAGAAGGACCUGCAAGAGAAACAUUCAUUGGUUUAAAGGGGAGCUUAGAAGCGGUUACUGGUGUUGGUGAUCCUGAUGUGGUAAGUAAAACUGCGGUAGUUGGUGUAGAUGAUGAAGAACCGCUAUCAGCAGAAAGAUUUCCCAUCAUCAACAUGAAAGACAACAUGAUUGCUACAGCGUACAGCCACAAGAAAGUAGUUGAACUUUCUUGUCCUUCCUUGUCAGACAAAAAACGUGAAUGGCGCGAACAAGAGGUGCGAGUGGAGGCAGAGGCUUCGAAGGCGAGCAGCGGACGAGGUGCGUCAUCUUCAAGUAAAGGUCAUAACAAGUCAUCUCCAGAAGCUGAACAAGAAGACGCAGAAUAUGGCUCACAGGAUAAAGCCACAAAAAUUCUGCAAGCGCUCCUCGGGGCUGGAAGUGAAAUAGAAGAAGAGGUGGGCGGUCGCGAAUAAGUAACCCUAGAAAAUCGACUUGUCAGGACGUUCACACCGUUUAUACCUGACGAAACGAUCGGCAUCCCCUUUUUCAUGCUUGUAUCCUAUUCCCAAUUCUAAACAUAUUCGAUGAAGGUGGAGAAGUACUAGAACUAGCUUUUUUUAGAAGAACACGAAGGUCUACUUUAAUCUUUGAGAUGACAAAAAGUCAUCUCACGUAUCACACUCGUGGGUUGAUAUUUUAUACAGGAUUUAAUUACGUCCAAGUCAAAGACCGAGUCCGUCGCUCUCGUUGACGCUGUCCUUAUAACACAUACGAUGAACAAGAGGAUGAGUCAAAAGUGAACACAGCUGCAACAAGAUGUUGUUGUUACAAUUACCUAGGAUUCAACUUGCAUGCUUUUUUUUACGAUGAUGAUUCAGUUUCAGGAGGAAAGAGUCUCUUCCAUUUUUAUCGCAACAACAUCAUAUUGAUAUUUGAUGCGUCUUUUUUUGUAUUUAUUGAUGAGACUCUCUCUUGCUUCUACUUCGCUAUUGCAACUCAAUUCCUCGUUCAGCAACUUUUCACGUUGAGCUCCUUGGCUGCAUAGACCCAG